GGGUGACUUAACAAGUUGCAGUGUUAUUCCGGCAGCCAGAUAGGCUUGUGCUGUUAAGUUUAAUAUAAAAUAUGGUCGGCAAACUGUUUUUCAUUUUCGGGUUCAUUGCCGCUGCUUCUGCGGCAGUGAAGCUUCAGGAACUAUAUUCCUGGAAUGUUCUUGACUGGAACUAUCCAGACCCGUACCUGAAGCAACAAGCUCUACAGACGGGGGCUCUGAUACCUCAAAAUGCUUUACCUGUUGGUAUCGAAAGAUGGAGGAACAAGCUUUUCGUCAGUGUCCCGAGAUGGCGUGGUGGUAUUCCAGCUACAUUGAACUACAUUCCCUUAGAUGCCCCACACGAACCCUCACCGAAACUAACACCCUAUCCAAGUUUUAAAGAAAACGAAUUAGGGGACUGUGAAAAUGGACUAACGACAGUUUACAGGAUCAAGGCCGAUCAGUGUGACCGUCUUUGGGUAUUGGAUGUUGGAACCUACGGAUAUGAUCCUAACGUUACCAAUCUGUGCCCGUACGCGAUAAAUGUAUACGACUUAAAUACGGACCAGCGUAUUAGAAGAUAUGUCUUCCGCCCCGAGGAUAUUGUUUCUACUACGUUCAUUGCCAAUAUUGCUUUAGAUGAAGGGCUUUCUUGUGAGGAUACGUUCGCUUAUUUCUCUGAUGAACUGGGAUACGGUCUUAUAGCUUAUUCCUGGGAACAAAAUAAAUCGUGGAGAUUCAGCCACAGCUACUUUAUGCCCGAUCCUCUUGUUGGUGAUUUCAAUAUUGCUGGGCUUAAUUUCCAAUGGGGGGCUGAGGGAAUUUUUGGUAUUCACACUUCUCCCAUAGGUCCUGAUGGCUAUAGAACUCUCUAUUUCUCUCCUCUUUCUAGUUUUACAGAAUUUUCUGUCUCCACUCGAAUUUUGAGAGAUGAAUCCAAAGUAACUGGGUCGUACAAAGACUUUAAAGUUGUCGGUACUCGUGGCCCAAAUACCCAUACCACUGCCAAAGUCAUCGAUUCUUCCGGUGUUCAACUAUUCAACUUAAUUGACCAAAAUGCUAUCGGUUGCUGGAACUCAGCAUCAGAGCUUAAACCACAAAACACUGCUAUUGUAGAUAAGGAUGAUAUUGGUCUUAUAUUCCCUUGUGAUAUUAAAAUUGACAGAGGCAAAAAUGUAUGGGUUAUCUCAGACAGAAUGCCUGUAUUUUUAGAAUCAGAGCUGAAUUAUGGUGACAUAAACUUCAGAAUAUAUUUUGCACCAUUAGAUUCAUUAAUUUCCGGAACAGUAUGCGAACCUUUCCCCCCUCUAGUUUCGACACCUAACACACUGCAAAUACCAAAUAGCAUUAGUCCAUACUACAACAUUGGUCUGGAAACAUUGUCACAAGUGCCACCUCAAAUUUUCCUACCAGCAACUUCUCCCAGACCAUUAACAUCCAGAUACCCCCUACUAUCUCAAAACAUUAUACCUAAAUUUCCAAACAACGCAUAUUUCCCUCAAUCACAGCCCGAGAAACCGAACGUUUCGUAUAGAAAUCCUUGGUUCUUAAAACGGAACUACCAAGUGUUUGAACGUCCUCAAGCAUAAAUUAGGUGUUUCCAGUAGAAACGGAAGCAGCCUAAAUUUAAAAGGGAUACCACGGACUUAGAAAGUUCAUUAAACUUAAACAUUUUGAUAUUAAUUUCUUAGAUUUAUAUAAUAAUGCACUAUAAAAAUUUUGUAGUACAUGCGCUAUAAAUGAAGAUAGCUAAAUGCUUACUAUAAAAUUAAAUUGUACGCUUCUUAUUUAAAGUGUUUGAGUGAUUGAUUUAUAUGUUUGAUUAAUGUGUAAAAGUGUAUCGAAUUGUAAUGUGAUUUGUUUGAGUGAAGCCAGAUAAUUUUUAUGAUAAUGAAUAAAACAUUUGAAUAUUGCUACUACUUCUUGUACUUAGAUAAAAUUCUAUUUCGUUAUUUUGAAAUUAA